AAACUUUAACGAACGUACAAUAAUAGCGCGUCACUUCCGCAAAUAGGACAAAACUCUUCCGUUCUUUUCAGGGAAUCACAACAAACAUGGCGACUUACGGACAUGUCGGCAGGUUGUUGGGUAUUUCAGCAAGACUUUCGCGUCCUCUUGCUGGCAGUGGAUAUCAGAGCGCCGGAUUACAUUGGCCUUCACAUAACACAGGAGUCUCGAACAGAUGGCCACAAAACCCCCAUUGGGUUGUUCCUGGAAGGACCAUGUUUGUGCAGACGCAGGACACACCAAAUCCUAACAGCCUAAAGUUUCUGCCCGGUCGUACAGUUCUUGAAUCAGGAACUAUGAAUUUUUCCAGCCCUCGUGAUGCGCACUGCUCACCCUUAGCCAGGCAGCUUUUCAGGAUUGAUGGAGUCAAAAGUGUGUUCCUGGGCCCCGACUUUAUCACCAUAUCAAAGUCUGAUGCAAAUAUGGAAUGGAAAGUAAUCAAGCCAGAUGUAUAUGCUGCCAUUAUGGACUUUUUCACUUCUGGACUUCCUGUUGUCAAUGAGGACAGCAAACCUAGUGCAGAUACAGCACCAUCAGAUGAUGAUGAUGAAGUAGUUGCUAUGAUCAAAGAACUGCUGGAUACUCGAAUAAGGCCAACAGUGCAGGAGGAUGGAGGUGAUGUUUUGUAUCGGGGGUUUGAGGACGGCAUUGUUAAACUGAAGCUGCAGGGCUCCUGCACCAGUUGUCCCAGUUCCAUUGUUACUUUGAAGAGUGGAAUCCAAAACAUGCUGCAGUUUUACGUCCCCGAAGUUGAAUCAGUGGAGCAGGUGAAGGAUGAGGAUGAGGAGGAGGCUGUUCAAGUUUGAGGAUGAGGAGGAGGCUGCUGAAGUUUGAACUACACUGAAACCAGAACCACAUUUACACAUUCCUCCCUCCCCCGGCCACCUCCUUUAAUGCAAGCCAUAGUUGCAAUAAAAUGACCUGGUGUAUAGCGUAGCUGUGUGUGACAACUCAUCAUCAUCAUCAUUCAUCCAGAUGUUAUUAUUGAUUCUGGUAGCAAUUUUCUGUACAAUGACGGUAUUUUAAAAUAUUGGGACAGAAAAGCCCAGUCAUAGAAAGUGAUGACUGUAGAGCUGAAAUCAGUCGUAUUUAUUAUUUCACAUUGUUACACCUUUUCUGAGUCAGUCGCUUGUCAGAACAGCCUUUAGCGCUGACAUACAUAUACUGUAUGUAUAUAAAUAAAGUUUAUUGAAAUA